GAGGAAGCUGUUGCCUGUCAGAGGGGGAUCGACCUGUGCUGUCAUGGAUAAAUUUCGACCAAAGAGACCAACCAGCCUGGCUCUGUUCCCUCAGCUGCCACGAGCUGGCACCCAGGACUCCAUUAACAACAACUCUCUAGGCAAGAAGAACAGCUGGAAGGACUCCCACUCUUCCUCCCCUCGCAUCACAGGGGAUCUAACACCUACGGAUGCCAAACCAAAAGCAGAGGACAAAGUCCGCAACGGUGCCCAGCGCCGCCUGGCACCGAAACCGCCCACAGCUGCCGGAUCCCACAGCAGAGCCAACACUCAGGCGGCUGCCGCUGCUGCAGACACACGAGCUCGGACACGAGAGCGACUGACAUCCGGGGUCACCCACACGCAGGCCUCUAACACACCCAGGGCUCAGCGGCGGGCAGGAGGAGGACGAGGAGCAACAGCCAUGAGGGAGAAGAGCCUGGUGGAGCUCAGAGGAAAGGACGGGGUGACGGAGAGAAGAGGAAGUCGGCCGUGUCAGGAGUCCAAGACCAAGGACAAGGACAGGAAUGAGAGACAGAGGGAGGCGAAUGGACUGAAAAGCCGGGUGGUGGCUGAUGGGAAAGGAAGAGGAGGCACAAAAGUGAGCACCAGAGCAGGCAUCAAGACGAGCAACAAGCCGUCCAACAAACCCCAGGAGGUUUAUCUGCCGGCCAUGGUGGUCCCACGCACACCUGUAGCACAGAGGAACCAGGAGAAGAGCCGGGACCAAGGUCAAAACCAUGACAGGACCCAGGACCCGCCUGCACUCUCUCGCUCCAGCAGCGAGGGGGGCUCCAACAGGAUGUCCCUGAGUUCAGACACGGAGGGCCCGCCGCCGGGGCCCCUGAACCCCUGCGUGUCCCUCAGAACCAACCCAGACAUCAGCGAGGAGGACGGAGAAGGAGACCCUACUCCCUGCCUGACCGUGCAGAACGGUCUGACCUCCAGUCACGUGGGUGAUGAUGACAAGGCAGAGAUGGAUUGUACCACGUCAGAGACAGAUGCUGGGGAGGAGAAAGGUGGUGAUGCUGCUCAGCCUCAGCCACGGAGCGAGGCUGCAGCGGGCUUGAAUUACGACGCGGUUAAAUACACUCUGGUGGUGGAUGAACACGUGCAGCUGGAGCUUGUUAACCUCAAGGACUGCCUGCACACACGCGAGCACAAUGACGACAGCGACGCAGAGACUGUCUACCAGUCAGCCAAUGAGGACGAAGACCCGGAGUACAGGGAGGAGAGGAAGAAGAGCGAGGAAGCAAGGAAGCAAGAGAGGAGGAAGGAGGAUGAAAAGAGAAGAAAAGAGGAAGAAGAAGCCAACAGGAAGAGGGAGGAGGAUUUGAAGAGGAGGAGAGAGGAGGAGGUGAAGAGAAGGAAGGAAGUAGUGGCGAGGGUCUACAAGCAGCCUAAGGUAAUGUCAACCACAACUUCAGAGGAAGAAGAGUCUAACGGAGGAAGAGCUGGAGUUCCCAGGACCAGGAAGUUCCUCAAUCUGUUUGCAAGCAACAGCAGCGAAUACAGCGCCACAGGUGCUGCCUCGUUUGGUGUGUUCUCCUGUGUGCUGGACGGCGUGGAGAGGCAGCAGAGCCACAGAGCUGUCUACAGGUUUGUGCCUCGUCAUGCAGAUGAGCUGCAGCUGGAGACAGAUGACCCGGUUCUGAUGCUGAAGGAGUCCGAGGAUCUGUGGUGUCAGGGUUACAACAUGAGGACGGGAGCCAGUGGCAUCUUCCCGGCCUUCUACGCUCUCCGGAUCCCCAAAGACCCAAACAGUGUGUGGAAAGAUGGCCGGACGGAGAGGUUCAUGGUGCGCUUUCUGGGUUCGGUUCAGGUUCCCAUCCACAUGGGCAACGACGUGCUGUGUGCAGCAAUGCAGAAGGUAGCGUGUAACCGGCGGUCGGCCGGCCAGCCGCCAGCGCCCUGCGUGCUGGAGGUCAGUGUGAAGGGGGUGAAGAUGAGCGUCCAGGACCAGUGCCACUCUGCACACCGGGGAGACCACUGUUACCAUUUCUUUCAGUUGAAGAAUAUUUCAUUCUGCGGCUGUCAUCCAAAAUACAACAGGUAUUUUGGAUUCAUCACCAAACACCCCGACCAGCAGCGGUUCGCGUGCCACGUGCUGAUGUCGCAGACAACGUUACACCCUCUGGCCGAGUCUGUGAGGAGAGCGUUCCAGCAGUAUUACAAGGACCACAUCGGAUACUCCUGUCCCACUGAAGACAUCUUCAUCGAAUAAGUCUUCAGUAUGAACUGAGGAUUCACUCUGUGCAUGUAAGCCUGGUCUUACACCCCAACUGGACCACUAUCAUAUCUUCUUUGCAUGGUGGAUUUUCUUCUUCUUUUUUUUUUGUUGCAUCCACUGAGACAGAGAGGUCCUCCAUACUUUAAUCACGUCUCAAUGUCGAUACCGCCGUGAUCUACAUGAGACAUCCCAGACACGUAAACCCACUUUAACAACCACAUAAACGUAUAAAAACACAUCUGUCUGUUGGCAGAAUGAUUUACGGUCUGUAAAAGCACGUAUUUGUAUUUAACAUGAAACCACAUGAACACUUUCACGUUGACUCAAACCCACAAAAACCAAAACAUGGGAACUACGUAUUCAGUCCAGACCGAGUCAGAACUAGACAAACCUUUACCGAGAAGAACAUGGAGGGGUGUCGCACAUGGAAGCAAAACAACAUUAGAGAUUAUUUAAUAAUUUUUUAAUAUUUACAUGUUCUCAAUUGAAAGUGCAUUCUUUGAUUUUGACAGAACAUUUUAGCAGCUAUUCCUUAACCUGGAUUCAAAUGAAUCACUAAUCUGACAGUUCAGAUGCUCGUCUGCCACACUAGCAGCUGUGUGAGAGCGUGAGCUUUAAUUGUCAAAAACUUCACAGGUUUUUGGCAGAAUGAUGUUGUGUCUGUUCAACAUAUCAGGGAAUCAUUCAUGGAGCUGCUGGCACAAAAAUAGCACAGCUGAAUUAAUACAUGUACGUAAAAGGAGCAAAACAAGCCAACGCAUCUCAAUGUAGAGUCGAUGGAAAGUAGUCACAGCAGCCGGAGAAAUAUUCAGGUUUCUUCUGGAUGCAACUUUGAUUUAUACGGGCCAGAACCAAGAGAUGCAGAAAAAAACUGCCUCGGGACAGCGUUGGAUAGGCGUACCAGUGGGCAGAGUAACGGACCAGCAGCCGUCUGGGAUGUACGUGGUGGCGCUUGGACGCUCUUGUACGAGUGAUCACAUAAAACCCACCCCUGCACUAUUGAAACUGAUUAUGUUCGUUCUUUUCUGGUGGAAACGACUUUUAACCGGACCAGACCCAGUUCACGAGAGAGUUUUCACCAAGCGGCUGGCCAGGUUACACGACAACCACAAAGACACACGAAAUGCACACGAGAGAGACUCAAAAUGACACAAAGCGACCACAAAUCUAAAAAAAACACAAAAGGUCUUCAAAAAACAUAGGCGCAAAGAGACAAGAGACAACUAUAAAAAGUGAUAAAACAAUAAGAAAGAGGGAUGUAAUAAUUCAGAAAGACAAAAACAGACACAGGGAAGAACAAAACUAACAAAAACACAUGAAACACCUGCAAAAGAGCACCUAUAAACCCACUAAACAACUACAAGAGACUUAAAGAGCAUCUGAAUCAUUCUGAAUUCAAAUUAAAUUCAGUUCAAAUCCAAAAAUACUUUAUUAAUCCCGAAAGAGAAAUUUGAAGAGACUUAUUGCAUUAGUCAUGACUUAAGUCUCUUCAGAGAGUCGUAGAGGUUUAUUGCCGUGGGCCGGAAUCCUGGAGCGUCUGUGCUGCAGCAGAUCUGAACAAGUCUGGCUGAAGACACUCCUGAAACGGCUGUGAGGCCUUUAACGCGUCGGGCUCAUGGCCCAGCAGACGAGCAUUAGCACUCUACGAACAUCCAGAUACACUCGUGUGACGCAGUUUCACUGACAUGUGAACUGCAGCACAAACAAUUUGGCAAACAUCUGAUCAUUCCAGUUUCUCAAGAUUAUUUACAUUUUUCACUUUUUAUGUACAGUAUGUCUCUGAAAACCUAAAGAAUAACCCUAAGACCUAAAUGUUGACUUUUUUCAAUAAAAUGAGAAAUAAGUGCAAAAAUCAGCUUAAAAUUUCUAGAAGGUCUUCAAUUCAAGUCUUUGUGGAAUUUGCAGAUUGUAGUUAAAAUCUAAUUUUCUGGAUCUUUCCUCAUAUUGUACCCAGGUGAAUAACUGUAAAGUGCAACAUAUUUCAACAAGCUACUGAAUAUCUGCAGCGCGUCCUCCGUCUCCUUCAUAGCUUAAACUCUGCUGAGUUUUUAUUCAAGCAUCCGUCAUUUACACCAAAGCAUUUGUUUAAAAGAAAAAAAAAGAUUUUCCAGGAAGUUAUGUCCUCGGAUACCACAGGUUGUUAGCAAAUUAAAAUUUUGUUUCUUUUACAGUUUCUACAUCAAAGACAAUGAUUCUGGAUCUGUAAUGCCAGUUUGAAAACUCGUAAAAGGGGGAAUAAAAGACAAACUUCAUGAAAGUUUUUCAGAUUCAAAAACGAAUAAGUUGAAGUUGCAAUGCAGCAAAAGUGGCCGCUCGUGUAAGAUCUGUAUCCGAUUUACUCGGCCUGAAUGAUUCAGGGCAACCAAGUACGUCUAUUUAAAAAAAAGAGAUUACGGUCAUUCUUUUAACCAAAAUGAAAUCCGUCGUUGAGUUCAAGUAGACAAACCAGGUAACUUGAGGGCUUUGCUGCUGCAGCUUCGGUGACAGGUUCCAGAUGCUGAAGAUGUGGCGUCAAAGCAGGGCUGCAUGUUCAUGAUGAAAAGAUGUAACUCUUGUGCAUUUAAACACGCUUCAUCUGGACUCCAUGAAGGAGCGCUUCAUGCCGACAGUGAUUCCCCUGCAACUUCAGAUCUCUGAGGGAUCUUCCUGUGCAAACGGAAGUGGACUUGCUUUGUUUUUCGGCACAAAUGAGGACAGAUUAACGUAUCCAAAAAUAUCAGAGUAUGGAUUCUCAAACCCCCCCAGACUUGACAAUCUGUUUUGAAGGUGAAGUUGCGUCAUUUUUCUUUUUGCUGCUUUCCCUUUUCUUCCAAAUGUGAUGGAAAACGUUCACACAGUUUUCUUUUUAAGCAACAAUAAGGCCCAAAUGGCACUGUGCAAUUUUGUGUGUGAGUGUGUGAGUGUGUGUUAGUGAGUGAUUGAGAUGGAGCGGACUGAUCACAGGGGGAGGGGGGUCACUGUGGAGUCAUGUAUCCAUAUUUCUUCCAGAUGAGGCAUUUUCUGCUUUAUCUGCUCAAGUCUGGAGACAGAGGUCAGAUACAGAUGUUGAAAUACACAGCAAUGGUGGCAGAAACAGUUCAACAUCUCAUGUUUUAUUGGCAUGAGACUGAGGUGGAGACAGCAGCUUUAUGAAACCAGGAUGCUGCUGUGUUUGAACUGCGUGCAGCGUUUCUGGGGCAUCAAACUUAGUCCAGUAAAACUGUAACCUACCCUAAUAUAAAGAUCAAAUUUUGAGCUGUAAAACACCUAUUUGGAGCUUUGAUUUAACGGCGGUUGGUGUUCUUGCUUCAGUUUCCCAAACGAAAGGAUAUCCUGAUGACAGAAACACAGAUAAUUCUCCAAAGAGUCUCUGAGCCAGAUAUUUGUAAGCGUCCUGACUCAGAGAUGAAAUGCAGCCACUGCAGUGAAAAGUUGAAAGAGAAUAGUUGAUAUUGGAUUUUAGGCUUCAAGUCGUUUUAUAAGAAAAUAAACAGCAACUCAUUUCAACUGAAUAGCAAUGUUUUUACAUCAAUUUUCACCUUGUUUCUGUUCAGGAAAGACCCUAUUUAUAGUUUAGAUAAUGGAAUUGUUCAGUAAUAAUUCUCUGUCAUUGCCUUUCCACCAGAAAACCUCGGGGCCAGUUGCACAAAGCACCUCCAGUUUUUUCCUCAAGUGUGAGGCUUUAGACUAAGAGACUGGUUUAAAGAUUCUUGCACUGAGUAUCUUAAAAAGGAAUCCUUUGUUGAGGGAAAUUGUUAAGGAGUUCUCUGCAUAGUUGGAGUUUUUAUGGCAAAAACAAUUUUACAGUUUUCAAAGAGACUUUUAUUGUUUUAACUGUUGUCAUCUCACACAAGCAGCGUGGCUAAAGAAAAGAAAACUGGACCAAGAUUGCUUAUUUUAGUUUCAAGAUUGAAAAGUAACUAGAUGUUCACUGAACAUUAAUUUAAUGCUGUUGUCCCUGUUGAAUGCUCACCUUCUUCAUCUCCUCCUCAUGUUUUUCUCUCUGACCACAGAUUUUAGAAGACCUUCCAAAGAUCUUGCAUUAAUAAGCUGUAGAUCACUCAUUGAGUGCAAAGUGGAUGAAACACAACUGUGAUCAUAUUUAAAAUCAACUGGUCACUUUUGAGUGGAUCAAUAAUUUCUCACAAUCAGAUGUUUUCUGGAUGAAGUAACUUCAUUCAAUUAUCUCCUUAAACUUCGCAAUUAAGAUACGUUUGGAGGUGCCUUACAGUUGUUUUUUGUUGUCUAUGUUGGAUUUCAAGGUCUUUUUUUGCAACAGUAUAACUCAUCUUUAAGUCCGUGAUCAGCAUAAGGAGAAAACAGUAACUACUUCUUAUGGAACAUUUUCGGGGACAAGACAAAAAGAUGUUUUCUACAACUGAUUUUUUUGUUAAGGAGUCCUUAACUCACGCUACAAGGUAAAACUUAAUUUGAAGGGGCCGUAUUAUGAUGUUCUGUGUUUUCCGAUGUAUCUAUAAUGUUGUAAUGAUAGUAUCAUACAGGAGACCAGAGGUUUACAGAUAUUAUGGCAGAGCCUGUUGAGGGAAUGCACAACAAACUGGAGUCUUGUGAACUCUUGUGAACUGCAAGAUCUCUUCCUCUAUCUUGUGUAAGAUAGAGAUUAUUUUACUGAUGAGGUCCUGUGUGAUCCUGCAGGAAUUUGACCAAUUGGAUGACAUUUGAAGACGCAUAACAGGGCUGAAACUAACUAGCCUGCAGCAGACUCCUCUCUUUUGUUUUUACUCUGACCCUGCAGCUGUUGGGCUGAAUCGAUUACAGUUUACAGUUAAUUACAAUGAUCUCUGCACCAGAGCUACUGUAGAAGUCACAAAGGGUAAAACAAGGUAGCUAGAAAUGAUCAUAACAUGAAGGUGUUUGGUGCAACUGGGCCCUGCUUGUGGACCUGGUGCAAGAAACCAGAGAGCCGUAGGACCAGGGUGCAUAUCCAACAGACAUCUGAGUAGGAAAUAUUCCGGCUGUACUGCUCCCAAGUGGCCACAACAUUAAAUUCAGCUUUGAGAUCCAGAGUUUGAACUUUUGGAGUCACAUUCAAACCGAUUUGAGCAGAGGAAGUUUGGAGAAAUAAAGCCUGACAUGUUUUUGUGUUAAGAACCAGUGCCUAUUUUCAUUUUACUUUCAUUUUAACUAGCAGGACUGUCGCUCAGUGAUGAGUCUGUCCGCCUGAGGUGGUUGCCAUGGAAACAGCGUUGAUGAGCAAUUUUGGCUUAACUGAGUGAGGAAUUGGUGGAGGAAUCUGCGUGUGUGUAGAUAAUCUCUCUCUAAGAUGACUCAUUAUUUUCAUGAACUUUGUUGCACAGUUGAAGUACGUUAAAAUAAGUGUGUGAUAAAAUAUAUAAUCCAGACAAAACCAUAAAUAAUAUUUAUAUAUUUUUUGUAGCAGCCUGUAAUAUUUUCACUUGAAUAUGCAGUUAAACAGUCAUUACUUGCUCACCCCAGUUCCCAAGAUGCUACGGCUUCAAAAUGAAGCCAAGGAGGCAACAAUUUCAAACCCAAUACGACUGAUGGCCACGAGUUACUAAUGUAUCCCUUUAAGAAAUUGUCUUUUCUCAUCAAAUACUAUGUAAUUACAUUUCCCCCCCCCAAAAGCCUUUAGGGUUUUGUUAGUUUCAGUCUUUCCUUUAAUGUCCUUGUGGUUCUUCUGAAAAAGAAUUCCAACGUUAAACAGACAGAAGGCCUCAAAGAUGCAUGUGUGCAAUGCUUUAAGGAGUCGCUCCAGCUCCAGCUCCAGCUCCAGCUCCAGCUCCAGCUCCAGCUCCAGCUCCAGCUCCAGCUCCAGCUCCAGCUCGCUACAUUUUACCAAGUCAGAACAGGUUAGUUGCAUUUUCUCCCUCUGGUAUUAGCCUUGGGAACCACCGUGAGUCGGGGUGGAUGCCAGGUACCCACGUGCAAGACAUGACCUCACGAGUGCACACUGCUGGCAACAAAUCAGAUGGGAGAUACCCAGCAAGCCUUUCUGCUCAGCGUCAAGCUUUAAUCUUCUUGUUUUUAGGUGAGCAUGAAGCUAAUGUUCUGUGCACCCUCGCUGAAUCAUGCAAGAAAAAAUAUGAACUCUGUGGUUUUAGCAGUCACCUUUGUGAUUGGCAUGCCAGAACCACAGUUGCAAUCCAGAUGUGACCACACAGCUCAUUGUGGGUCAAAUCACUGCUGACCUUUACCGUCUAUGUGUUUGUUUCCAUGGCAACCAUCCAAGGUUACACCACCAUUAGCUGCUCCUCCAGAAAGUGUCUUUUCUGUGCUCCACUUUUAUGACUAACAUCACCGGCAUCUACUGUACAUAACUCAUGAAUAUAAAGAAAUCCUGUAUAGAAACUGUAUGUUUGUAUAGAAGUUAUAAUUGUAUGCUGUUACUGGGUGUAACGCCGCAUGAUAUCAGUGUUGUAAAAUGAAGACAAGAUGCAUUGAUGGAUGUUGAUGGUGGUUUUUCUUGUCAAUAAAUCACAUUUA